AUGUCAUUUGAAGAAGCAAGAGACCACAAGUCACACAUGAAGAGAAUGAGACUUUCUUUAAGAAGAAGAAGAGAAGGAAAGACCGAUUACCAGCAAAGACAUAACUUAAUCAGACACAACAAGGCUAACUACGGAGAAGUGAAGUCAAGAUUUGUUGUAAGAAUCACUAACACCAAAGUUAUCUGCCAGAUUGUGCAGGCAUACACCAUUGGUGACAAAGUUAUCUGUGCAGCCGACUCAACUGAGCUUAAGAAAUAUGGCAUUGCAUUUGGUCUAAAGAACUACGCCGCUGCAUACGCAACUGGAUUCCUCUGUGCAAGAAAGAUGCUGACUAAGCUUGGUCUGGCUGGCGAGUACACUGGAAAGGAGGAAAUUGACGGAGAAGAGUACUUAGAGUCUGACAAUGAAGAAGGCCCACAGGCAUUCAGAUGCUACUUAGACAUAGGACUUGCCAGAUCCUCAAAGGGAGCAAAGGUGUUCUCUGCUAUGAAGGGAGCAUGCGAUGGUGGAUUACACAUUCCACACUCACCAAACAAGUUUGUUGGAUACAGCACAGAAGACAAGGAGCUCGAUGCAGAAGCACUCAAGGAAAGAAUCUUUGGAGGACAUGUAGCCACCUACAUGAAAGAGCUUGAAGAGAGCGACCCAGAGGCAUACCAGGCCAAAUUCUCAGAGUACAUUAAGAACGGAAUCACCGCCGAUGUGAUUGAAGAGAGAUACCAAGAGGCAUUUGAGAAGAUCAGACAAGAUAAUUUCGAAAGAACAAAGAGAACUACCCCAAUUGACAGAUCUAAGUACCAGCACAAGCCAGCUAAGCUGACAAACGCUGAGAGAAAGGAAAAGGUAAAGGCAAAGUUCAUGCUACUCACUGGAGAAGCCACCAACUAAUAAAUCUGAAUUAAACCAAG